CGCACCUCACACCUCACCUGUCGGGUCCGGUGUUUACCUCGGCCUCCGUCACCCUCGCCUCGGCCCUCAUGAGUUAAGCGUGUUGUUGUGAACGUUGACGAUCGAGGACGUCCAAUAGUUCAGCAUGUCUGAUGUGGAAGGAGACGUUAGCGUUCCCGUGGCCGUCGGUGGCCCCAUGGACUUGAACACUGCUGUCCAGGAAGUGCUCAAACAGGCCCUUAUGGCUGAUGGUCUUGCUCGUGGACUUCAUGAAGCAGUCAAGGCUCUCGACAAACGUCAGGCUCUCCUGUGCCUGUUGGCAAACAACUGCGAUGAGCCUGGCUACUCCAAGCUGGUCGAGGCCCUUUGUCAGGAGCACCAGAUCAAACUCCUGAAAGUUGACUCAAACAAGAUGUUGGGAGAAUGGGCUGGCCUGUGCAAGAUUGAUCGCGAAGGAAAGGCUCGCAAGGUCGUUGGCUGCUCAUGUGUUGUUGUCACUGAUUAUGGCAAGGAGACCCAAGCCCAUGAUGUUGUCAAUGAGUACUUCAAGAGCAAAGGACAGUAAGGAAUCACAUGUCCCAUUUGUACGCAGAGAAUCGGCCAGGAAGUCCAGAUCAAAGACAACCAAGUAAUGACUAACAUUCAACACUGGGAGUCCAUGAAAAGGAUGACAAACCACAGCUGUAAGAUCCUGCUUAGCCUUUUCAAGGGGCCACUGAUUCCACAUAAUUGAAAUAAAGUAAUAAAAAAAUUGAA